AUUCGAUCACAGCCUCGUAAUUUUGAAGUUCACACUCACUCAAACUCGGUCGCUUUUACGCCACUCACCACUCCCACUCCUCUUUCCUUACGCCACCACCAUGGCCGAGCCCACCUCUGCGACCCGCCCCCACAAAAUCAUAGCCGGAGCGGACUCCUUCGGCUGCGCCCUCAAGGACGCGCUCGUCUCCCACCUGCGCUCCCUCCACAUCGACGUCGAGGAUCUGGGCACCUCCUCCUACUACUCCGUCGCAGCCGAGGUCGGUCGCCGCGUAUCCUCCUCCCCCGCCGACACCCGGGGCCUCGUCGCCUGCGGCACUGGCGUCGGGGUCUCCAUCUUCGCCAACAAGUUUCCGGGCGUCUUCGCCGCCACCUGCCUAACCCCCGAGGAAGCCCUCAAUGCCCGCUCCAUCAACAACUCCAACGUCCUCGCCGUCUCCGGCAUGUCCACCUCCCCGGAAUCCGCCGUCGAAAUCCUCAACGCCUGGCUCAACACUCCCUUCAAGUCCCCAUGCCCUGCCUCCGGAUCCAACCCCUGGCCCGAAGAUAUCCAGUCCUUCCUCGACAACUCGCUCUCCGAGAUGCCCAAGAUCGGAGCCCAGCCCCAAUCCGAUUCCGAUUCAACAACACCCUGUGCCUUAUGUUGUUUGGUGAAGAACAGGGAAUUGAACCCGAUCGACCUGAUUCCAGGUGGGUCGAUGAAGAUCCUGAGGGAGAGCCCGACCUCGGCGAUUGUGAGGUUCAAGGCCGGGAGUGUGGAGCCUGCUCACCACCAUACCUUCGGGCACGACCUGGUGGUGUUGGAGGGGAAGAAGAGCGUGUGGAAUAUCACAAAGAAGGAGAGGUAUGAUUUGGUGGUUGGCGACUAUUUGUUCACUCCGGCAGGGGAUGUGCAUAGGGUGAAGUAUUAUGAAGAUACUGAGUUCUUCAUCAAGUGGGAUGGAAAGUGGGAUAUGUUCUUCGACGAGGAUCUUGAGGCUGCCAAGACUGCUAUUGACAAGGAAUUAGAAAAUGGGUCUAAGUGAAAAAAAUAAAAUAAAGAUGGAACUAUAUUUUGAAUAGUAGUAGUUGUUGUGUGCUCGAUGUUUUAUGAGAUUGACUGCAGUGUUUUCAUCAAGGAGGAAUCAGGUUGUCUUGUAAUAAAACAAGUAUGUACAUAAACCGCCUCUUGUCUUGGAAUAUGAUGUUGGUUUUUGUAUUGA